AGAUGCUGCGUGGGCCAAUAGGGAAGAGCCUCAUUUUGGAGGUAGUAGGCUGGUGCUAGCCGGGUAGCUAGUUUGCUAACGAGAAAGAAGAUGGAUUCUCCAAUACUGGAACCUUCCCUGCACACAGUCAAAGCUGUACUGAUCCUGGACAACGAUGGAGACAGGCUUUAUGCCAAGUAUUAUGACGACACAUAUCCGACAGUGAAGGAGCAGAAAGCUUUUGAGAAGAACAUAUUUAACAAGACUCACCGGACAGACAGUGAGAUAGCAUUACUGGAGGGCCUGACUGUUGUGUACAAGAGCAAUAUUGACCUGUUCUUUUAUGUGAUUGGAAGCUCACAUGAAAAUGAGCUGAUGCUUAUGGCUGUUCUAAAUUGCCUAUUUGAUUCCCUCAGUCAGAUGUUGAGAAAAAAUGUCGAGAGGAGAGCUUUGUUGGAGAAUAUGGAGGGACUCUUCUUGGCUGUGGAUGAAAUCGUGGAUGGAGGGGUGAUCUUAGAGAGUGACCCACAGCAAGUUGUGCACCGUGUGGCUCUCAGAGGCGAUGAUGUACCUUUGACAGAGCAGACAGUCACCCAGGUGCUUCAGUCUGCAAAAGAACAGAUCAAGUGGUCACUUCUCCGAUAGUUGUCUUCACGCCAGCGUAACCAGUGAGCUGCUGCUCGGCACAGACCACAUGGCACUGAUCUCCUCACCUAGCCUACAUUUGAGUCGAAGCUGUAGCAGUGCAAACGGCUGAUCAAGUCACACUUUCGGACUUCUUCUUUCUGAAGUUUCCUUUUUUCAUAAUUUUUCUGUUGUCUUUUUGCUCUGUUUUUAUUAUCAAAGAGGCUAAAAUGUGUACAUUCCAGUAAUGACUGGCCUGUUUUGUUGAUUACUUU